AUGUUUUAUUGCCAGCUUAGCUUAAGUGAUCUUAACUUGGUAUAUGCCUGCACAAAGGAUAAAACUUUGAUGAUAGAUGUGCAAGCCCGUGAGAUUUCGGAAAGAGAUCUCAAGGCUGCAUUACAAUUGGCUCAUCCUGAGGCAGUUAAAUACCUUGAGCCUCAAAUCAGACUGGCAGCCAAAGUUGGUAAACAGAAGAAGGAAUAUAAACUGUCUGUGACGUCAGAGAAAACCUUUGAAAAAAUCAAAAGUCUAGCCGAAGCUCCUAUUGAAGCUGUUUUUACAGAUCCCACGUAUGGCAAGUUUGAACGUGGAGAGGCCCUAGACAAGAUUACCCAAGAUGUAAAAAGAGCACUUGAGGAAGAAUGUGAUGAAGAAAGCUUAAAAGUUUUAUCUAAGACAGUUGACACAGUGAGGAAAGAGGUUGUUCGCAGGAGAAUCAUUGCUGAAGGACUUCGAGUAGAUGGGAGACGUCUUGAUGAGGUUAGGCCUCUGUAUUGUGAAGCCGGUAAUUUACCUGUAUUGCAUGGAUCAUCACUCUUUUCACGAGGGGAUACUCAGGUUCUUUGUACUGUUACCCUUGGAGCACCUGGAGAUGCUCAACGUUUGGAUUCCCUGGUUGGUCCCCCAACAAAGCGCUUCAUGCUUCACUAUAGUUUUCCACCAUUUUGCAUUAAUGAAGUUGGUAAGCGAGGUGGCUUGAAUAGGCGUGAAGUUGGGCAUGGCACUCUUGCUGAGAAAGCUUUGCUUGCUGUAUUACCACCGGAAGAUGACUUUCCAUAUACAGUCCGUAUCAAUUCAGAAGUCAUGUCUUCUGAUGGUUCAACUUCAAUGGCAACUGUCUGUGGAGGCAGUAUGGCUUUGAUGGAUGCGGGAAUUCCUUUAAGAGAACAUGUAGCGGGAAUGUCGGUGGGCCUUAUUAGUGAUGUUGACCCAUCAACCGGCACAAUCAAGGAUUAUCGUAUUGUAACUGAUAUUUUGGGCCUGGAAGAUCAUCUGGGGGAUAUGGACUUUAAAAUUGCAGGCACACGAAAUGGGAUAACAGCAAUUCAAUUGGAUAUAAAACCCGCUGGAAUUCCUUUAGAUAUUAUUUGUGAGUGUUUAGAACCUGCACUUAAAGGGCGGCUUCAAAUCCUUGAACAUAUGGAGCGAGAGAUCAAUGCACCGCGUACUCAGGAUGACAAGAACUCUCCUCGGUUAGCCACCUUGAAGUAUAGUAAUGAUUCUCUUCGUCAUUUGAUUGGUCCUCUUGGUGCUUUAAAGAGAAAAAUUGAAGAAGAAACAGGUGCACGGAUCUCUGUGAGUGAUGGAACCCUUACGAUAGUUGCUAAGAAUCAAUCUGUCAUGGAAAAAGUACAAGAAAAGGUUGAUUUUAUAGUUGGGCGUGAGAUUGAAAUUGGAGGGAUUUAUAAAGGGGUUGUAACUUCAGUCAAAGAAUAUGGUGCCUUUGUGGAGUUCAAUGGUGGCCAACCAGGGCUCUUACACAUUUCUGAAUUGUCCCAUGAACCGGUAUCCCGGGUUUCAGACAUGGUAGCUGUUGGGCAGCAACUUUCUCUAAUGUGCAUAGGACAAGACGUUCGUGGUAACAUUAAGUUAUCUCUUAAAGCUACUUUACCUCGACUAGUAUCAGAGACAAACAACGUGCUUGGGGGAUCUGUGGAUUCCAAAAAUCAUGUACCUAAUGUUUGGGAAACUGUUGGUGAUGUGCCUGACGAGCAGGAAAAACAAAAGAAUGUGGUGGACGAUUUGCCAGUGGAUAAACAUGACACUAGUGGGGCAAGCUCUUCUUCUUCAACACCGGCAGUUCUGAUUCGAAGUGCUGCAGAGUGCGAUGAGGAGGAAAAAUCUGCUGGUUUAAAUCUGAAUUUUAGAAGUAGCUCUAGAUCCCUAAGCACUUCGAAGUCUGACUCGAAUCACAAGUCAAAAGCAUCCCCAUCUCAAAAAAAUGUGCUUGACUCACCAUUUGCCGAUUCUGAUAUUUUUUCAUCCAGAAAUGCCAAGUCGUCAAAAUCAUUUUCGCCAAAGGAAAAAGAGAGAGAAUCCAAUACUAACUUUGUAGGUGAUGAUGAAGAUGAGAAUGAAUGCAACUCUUCAUCCGCAACUCGUUCGCGGAAUGAUUUAAAUGAUAGGGAACAUGCAGUUGAGGCUCCCAUGAAUGCGAAAAAGCUAAAGCUUGGAAUGCAGGUAACAGCUAAGGUUCAUCAAAUUCGUGCACGUGGGUUAGUUCUUGACUUGGGUGGUGGAAUUCGUGGAAUGUACCGGUUUGAGACUAGUGGCAAGAGGGACUUUGAGAUAGGAGACGAG